ACAGUUGAAGCUCAGUUACGGACACGUAAUGUUGUCCGCGUGAAGAUAUUAGUACACGAUUUUAAUUAAUAUUUUUCAACACCUGUAUAGUUUUUAGUAUAGUGUUACCAGAAAAAGGAUUUCCAGUGUUGUGUUCUAAGGACUAUCUUAUUUGUUUUAUUUUUGUGCAUGUGCGUGAUACAUUUUUCUCAGUGACUUUCAGGAUUUAAAUCAAUUAAUAUAACAGGAAUGAUCGAAGUUAUUUCAUCGGUACAAAGGAUUAACGCAACAAAAAUUUUAAGACAGAUACAAUUGUGUCAAGAUUUUGCUGCUUAAGAAGAGUUCAAAAGAAUUAUUGUUUCUACAUGCCGAAAUUUACAGGGCAUCUUCUUAGCGAACAUGUGAUGCUUCGCGAUGCCCACUCUGUCCGCGGCGCCUGAGCAGAGUUCCGGCGGCCGCACCGACCGGCAGAAUAGUGAAAGCGACGCCAUGAGCCCAGAGCAGGAGGCGAGUCCACCACCUGCCGCCCCGGGCGCAUCUCCACCACCGCCACCUCCGACGCGACUGCCAACGCCAGUCAUGUCACAAGAGGAAAUCAACACCUCUGACGUUGAGCAGUUCGCCGGUAAAAUCGUUUAUAAUCCAGAUGGUUCUGCUUACAUAAUCGAAGACUCCGAGAGUGAUAACGAAACUCAAGGACAUAAUACGAAUGUUCCUGAAAUCGUGCCACCUCUUCAAGCCGUGUACGUUUCGAGGUUACUUAGGCAGCCCGCCCGUCCUACGGAUCUACCUGCAGUACACAGCUAUCGUGUGAUCGCGCUAAGAGACGCUAGGCCACCUAGGCCUGCUUCUGUGCCAGUUAAACCCAUCCUAAUGUGUUUUGUUUGUAAAUUGAGCUUCGGUUUUGCACGGUCUUUUGCAAAUCACGCACAAUCCGAGCACGGUGUUACUCUCAAAGAAAACGAACGCGAAGUGUUAGCUGCAGACUGCUCGGCAAUAUUACAGUGCGUCGGGGCUGAUAAAAGGCCAGUAGUAUCAUUAUUAGAACCUCUCGGUACGACAAGUCAUGAAAAUCACAAUUCAAAUAUCGUUCAUUCUGUACAAAAUCGAAAUGAAGGACCUUCACCUAUUUCAGAAACGCCAUCGUCAUGUAAUACAUCUAGAAACACCCCUGGUAAAUCACCUUCACCACCUUUUGUUGCACCGCCAGCUUUUAUGACUGGUACAACUAUAGGUGUUUGUCCAGAGCAUUUACAAGGACGACCUUCUGGCGUAGAAUGUGCGCGAUGUGAGAUGAUUCUCGCGUCAGGACGACUAGGACCUGCUGGAUUAGCGAAUGUACACAGUAGAAAUUCUUGUAAAACUCUAAAAUGUCCAAAAUGUAAUUGGCAUUACAAAUAUCAAGAAACUUUAGAGAUUCAUAUGAAAGAAAAACACCCCGAAGCCGAAACUAGCUGUAUUUAUUGUAUAGCCGGACAGCCUCAUCCUCGAUUGGCGAGGGGCGAAACCUACACUUGCGGUUACAAACCUUAUAGGUGCGAAGUAUGUAACUACUCGACGACAACCAAAGGAAACCUUAGUAUACACAUGCAAUCGGAUAAACAUUUGAAUAACAUGCAAGAAUUACAAAACGGAGGCGGACCGAACUCGGAGAAUCGACAAUCUCCUCCUAAAGCUUCUCCAUUACACCAUUCGCCUGUUAGUAGCGGCCAUAAACCUAAACCUAGCUUCAGAUGCGACGUAUGUAAUUACGAAACUAACGUAGCGCGUAAUUUACGAAUCCACAUGACAUCUGAGAAACAUACCCACAACAUGUUAGUGCUACAACAAAACGUCAAACACAUGCAAACAUUAUCAGCGUUACAUCAUCAACAACAUCCCCAACAACACAUUGAAAGUUUAUACGGCAUGUAUCCUGGUUUAGGAGAUAAACCCGAAGCUGCUUUAGCAGAUAUGGCCUACAAUCAAGCUUUACUUAUACAAAUGAUGACCGGUGGUCAAUUACCAGGUCACGCAGGACCCGCUGAUAUGUCAGCACAUUCAGAUCUUGGUUUGAAUCCCGAAACGAUGGAACCUCCACCGGAACCAGCGGAUCCCGAUCCAGAAAAAACGUACCAAUGCUGCGUGUGUAACGUUUUUCAAAGUGAUAGUUUGGAAGAGCUUGGAAGGCAUUUGGCGUUAGAUCGUACGCGACUACGAGAACAAGAAAUACUCGCCGUUGUAGCCGGUCAUUACGUGUGUAAAUUAUGCACAUACAAAACUAAUCUCAAGGCAAACUUUCAACUCCACUGUAAGACUGAUAAGCAUCUACAGAGACUGCAACACGUGAAUCACGUCAAAGAGGGCGGACCGAGAAACGAAUGGAAACUCAAAUACGCUUCAGCACCUGGAGGAGUUCAAAUCCGUUGUAACGCUUGUGAUUAUUAUACUAAUUCAGCACAUAAACUGCAGUUACAUGCGGCAGCUAGUAGACACGACGCCGGAGUAGCUCUAAUGAAACAUCUAGUUGAAAAAUGUUCCAAUAUCGGUCCUCACCAAUCAAAAGUCCAUCAUUGUUCACUGUGUGGAUUCUCGUCUACUACAAGGCUACCUCUAUUACAACACGUACGAUCUCUAAAGCAUCUUCAUAUGGAACAAUUACAUCAACUCCAAAGACGGGCGGAAGGUAAAGAAAAUAAUCCUGAAAUCGGGGACGUUUUCCACGUGGUAUCAGGUCCUAUUGAACAAGCACAACAGCAUACUCCAGAGCGAAGAGAUAGUAUCAAUUUGGAACUAUGUCAAAUCGAAACGAAUCAAGUUAAAUCCGAACCACGAGAAGACAACGACGAUGCUAAUAAUAGCGAGAGUGGAAAUUCUCAACACAUGUGCCCUUUUUGUGAUUAUACCAGCGAUUCUGAAAUGCGCAUUCAAGCCCACAUACUCGCCCAACACGGUACUAGUAACACAUCCAUACCGGAACAACAACCCUCUUUACACUGUCCUUUAUGUCAGGAUGUUUUUAAAGAUCGUAUAUUACUCGAAAGGCACGUUAUGCAGAUACAUUCGGUAAACAGCGAAGGUCUGCAACGGUUACUCAUGCUUGUCGAUCAAAGUCAUUGGUUAAAUCAAACGUCUCGAACACCCACUCCGAAUAAUUCAAUGAAUCAAUCGCAAACGACACCCAAUCAAAUAGUAUCACCAAAUUCCGUGUCUUCCAAAGAAUCUAACAAGUUCGAAAAAACAGACAUAACAUCGAACGAAGUCGAUUUACUGUCCCCAAAUAACAGCGACGAUAAUACCGAAUCUGAAUCGGAAAGAUGUAGCACGUGUUUCAGAACGUUUCGGAAUAUAGACGAAUUAUGUUAUCAUCAGAACGAAACUGGACAUUUAGAAAUAAAACAAACGCCAAGCGGACCGGGUUAUCUUUGUUGGAAAAAAGGGUGUAAUCAAUUUUUUCCGACGGCGCAUACUUUACAAAUGCAUUUCAAAGAAGUACAUGCUAAGAAUUCCGUUGCGAAUAUGUCCGUAUCGGAAAAACACGUCUAUAAAUACAGAUGUAAUCAAUGCUCUUUAGCUUUCAAAACAUUAGAAAAACUACAAUUGCAUUCACAAUAUCAUUUAAUUCGAGAUGCAACGAAAUGCGUUUUAUGCGGACGAAGCUUCAGAUCGCUCGUUGCUCUACAUAAACACGUAGAAAGUGUACAUUCAGAAUUAACAGACGAAGAAUUAAAUGCUUAUAAACAAAGUUUAAUGAACAAUCCUUUGUUAUUAGCAGGAUUGCAAGGACAAGUUUUAGAUAGUUCUACAAAUGAAAUUUUGAAAAAGGAAUCGUUACGCACCGAAGAUGAAUCUUUAGAAUGCGACGAAAGUAAAGAAUUAAACAGUAGUCAAUCUUUGGAAGAAAUAAAUCAAAACGACGGUGAAAAUUCAGAUGACAGUAUUAUUUACAAGGACCAACAAUUUUUAGAAGAUUAUUUGAACAGUCAAGCUAUAGCAGAAGAUAGUUAUAACGAUCCGAAUAGAAAAUAUAAAUGUCAUCGUUGUAAAGUAGCUUUCACAAGACAAAGUUAUCUAACGGCUCAUAAUAAAACGUUGUUACAUAGAAAAGGUGAAAAAUUGAGUUAUCCAAUGGAGAAAUAUCUUGAUCCUAAUAGACCUUAUAAAUGUGACGUUUGCAAAGAAAGUUUCACGCAAAAAAAUAUUUUACUAGUACAUUAUAACUCUGUGAGUCAUUUACAUAAAUUAAAAAGGGCAAUGCAAGAACAAAAUCAAAAUAAUAAUAAUAAUACGCCGGUUUCGCCCGUUUUACCAGGCGCGCAAGCGCAAAAUUUAACAUUAACGCCAAAAAGUACAUCGUCAGAAGAAGAUGAUAAAAAAAAAUAUCGGUGCAAUAUAUGUAAAGUAGCUUAUACACAAGGCAGUACGUUAGAUAUUCACAUGCGAAGUGUCUUACAUCAAACUAGAGCUAGUAAAUUACAAGAUUUAGCAUUGUCCGGUCAAAUCGACCUGUCGAAACCACUGAUAGAACAACCCGAAGCCAUGCAGUCUCCGAAACAAAACAGUCCUACGCCGGGUAGUGGGGACAAACAACCCUCUCCGACCCCACCAUCACCUGGACUCGCAGGUAACUUAGGGAUGAUGAGUUGCUCUAAGUGCGGUGCGCUAUUUAGUUCGCAAGAUCAGUUGAACGCUCAUCAGCAACUGUACUGUAUGUUUACAACGCCGAUGGCGAUUUAUCAGGGGGCGCACGAACCGAGUCAAGCUAAAACUCCACCACCCUCGAACGAUAAUCCGGAAGGCGGUAUAAAAGUUAAUAUAAUACCGAAAAAAACCGGCUCUCAUAUGUAUAAACAUUUAUUAGAAAGUUUCGGUUUCGAUUUGGUGAUGCAAUAUAAUGAAACACAUCAACGACGACAACGACAACAACGAGAAGCUGAAGAAAUCGCCGCCGCGAACGAAGUACAACAACAAUCUCCACCGCUUCCAGUGCAAGAAGAACCCGUCGCCGAAACGAUAGCAGUCGCAGACGGUACCGAGUCCAAAACCGAGGAGGAAAUCGAAACCAACCUACCCGAAGUAAGUAAAUCUACGUGCCAACAUUGCAAUAAAGAGUUCUCUAGUGUGUGGGUGUUAAAAUCUCACUGUGAAGAAGUUCAUAAAGAUUUAGUGCCGCUAGAAUUCUUAGAAAAAUAUGCUCAACAGUUCAAAACCGAAUACGAAAAGAAAACGGUGGUGGUGACGGCGGCGACUUCCUCGACCCUCAACGCCUUGCCUAGUGUAUCGACUCCCGGUGCUACGCCGUCCAAUACCACUACGACGUCCAGUCCAGAAAAUUCGACGCCGGAGAAGCAGGACGAAUCUAAAGAAACUUUACAUGCGAAACUUAAUUUACAAACGCCACCGGAAGCCGCUUCGACCGCACCCUCGACACCGACAUCCUCCACGACGCCGGCCAGCAGCACGGAUUCUUUGCCAGCUAAUAUUCAAGCUAUGAUCGCGCAAAGUAUGGCACAGAAUCCAGUAGCACUAGCUCAACAAAUGUCUGAAAUGCAAGCUGCUUUGAACGUAAUGCAACUCCAACAACUUAAUUUCAAUCCUAUGAUGCAAAUGAUGGGUAUGGGACUGCCGCUUGGUUUGAACGCUUUAGCGGCUAUGAAUUUACAACCGCCUCUUGUUCCGUUGAUGAUGCCGCCUCCACCGUUCGAUCCGAUCUCGCAAUUUGGACCACAAGAUCAGUCUGGAAUGAUGGCUAAACAACAAGCUAUGAUGCAGCAACAAGCAGUUGUCAGCGCAGCCGCUAAUCAAAAACGAGCUAGAACGAGGAUAACAGACGAUCAACUAAAAAUCCUACGUGCUCAUUUCGAUAUAAACAAUUCUCCGUCAGAAGAUCAAAUUCACGAAAUGGCCUCACAGAGUGGUUUACCUCCAAAAGUGAUCAAGCAUUGGUUUCGAAAUACGUUAUUCAAAGAAAGACAACGUAACAAAGAUAGUCCAUAUAAUUUCAAUAAUCCUCCAUCUACUACCCUUAAUUUAGAAGAGUACGAAAAAACCGGGGAAGCGAAAGUAAUGCCGUUAAAUAGCUCGGGAAGUAGCGUGGAAGAUAAUAAAUUCAAAGAAUCCCCGAAACUUAUCCAACAAGAAAUAAAAAAUGAGCUUAAAGAAGAACCCAGCGACGAUUUUCCUAAAAUUAAUGAAGAUAAACAAGAACCAGUAGAAGAAAAACCUAAUAUAUUCAAUUUACCAGUGAGUUUACAACAGGUACAAAGUCCGGCUACUUCAAUCGCCAGUUCUGACAACCAGAGCGUUUCGCAACCUUCAACACCUAAUAACCUCACCUUAACAUCAAUAAUUGCUUCCCAAUUAGGCGACACUUUAACCACAACUACCCCUACUAUGAACAUGACGAAUAUUUCCUCACACCAUGGUCUAACUAGCCCUAUGUUACCACCACCUAAGCUAAAUCAACAAAAUUUUCCUAAUCCUAAUAACCUCCAAGGAAUGUUACCUCUAACUCCCAACAGAUGUUUAAGUCCAAGCAGAGAUUAUAGCAACCCGGGAAGUCAGGGAUCUGGAGGAUCAACUGGUAAAAGGGCCAAUCGUACAAGAUUCACAGAUUAUCAAAUAAAAGUCUUACAAGAAUUCUUCGAAAACAACGCUUACCCAAAAGACGACGAUCUAGAAUACCUCUCAAAACUAUUAAACCUCAGUCCACGAGUGAUCGUCGUGUGGUUUCAAAACGCAAGACAAAAAGCUCGGAAAGUAUACGAAAAUCAACCCGCAGCCGAACCAGCUCCGGGGAUAGACGAGAGCGGUGCUAAUAGAUUUCAAAGAACACCCGGUUUGAAUUAUCAAUGCAAAAAAUGUUUAUUAGUUUUCCAAAGAUAUUACGAGUUAAUUCGACACCAAAAAACGCAUUGUUUUAAAGAAGAAGACGCUAAACGUUCCGCACAAGCACAAGCCGCAGCAGCACAAAUUGCAGCAGUCUUAAGUUCAGAAGAUUCAAAUUCAAGUACAACAGUCGAACAAUCUCAACAACAUCAAUUACCUCCACAAACAAACGUACCUUCACUACCUCAAUCUAAUCUCACACAAAGUCCUAAUCAUCCAACAGCUCCUACUACUCCUACACCGAGUCAGGGAAAUUACCCACCGACAUCACCAUCGCCUUCAGAAUCAAAAGAAACGACGUUUCAAUGCGAUAAAUGUAAUUUAGUUUUUCCUCGAUUCGAGCUAUGGAGAGAACAUCAGCUAGUUCAUUUAAUGAACCCUAAUCUUUUUCCUACAUACCCUCCCGAUUCCCCUUUUGGGAUUCUCCAGCAACAUGCUCAACUACAACAACUGAACGCGAAUUUGGGCGACCUCGGCAAACAACAAAACAACGUCAAUUCCCAACAUCCCCUUAUUAGUAUGUUGAACAAUGUUGCUGGACAGAAGAGGAAAAUUGACGAAUUUGAUGCUGAGAGUGAUACAUCGGAUCAACCGAAAGAUAAAAGACUGCGUACUACUAUCCUACCCGAACAGCUAGAUUACCUCUAUCAAAAAUAUCAAGUUGAAAGUAAUCCAUCGAGAAAAAUGUUGGAGAAUAUAGCAAGAGAAGUGGGGUUGAAGAAAAGAGUUGUGCAAGUUUGGUUUCAAAACACUAGAGCUAGAGAAAGAAAAGGGCAGUUUAGAGCCCACGCUCAAGUUAUAAAUAAACGUUGUCCUUUUUGUCCAGCGCUAUUUAAAGUUAAAUCUGCGUUAGAAUCACAUUUGACUACUAAACACGCAGACCAUUGCGCCAGAGGUGAAAUAAAUAUUGACGCAUUACCAGAUGAAGAAGCUAGUCUUGAAUCAGCUCCAAGUUUAAGCUCCGGUGGAGGUGAAAACAAAAAUCAACCACAAAAUUCCAACAUGAUCCCACCUCUAUUUCCUUCCUUACAUCCCGAUAUGGAAAAUUCUAUAAAAAAAUAUUAUGAAGAAAGUAUGAAACGCUAUAUAAACGAACUGCAAGCUCACGCUGCAUCCUCUAAUGGAGAUAAAAGCGAAAUAAAAUCAGAAAAACCUGAAGGUGAAAUACCUCUAGAUCUUUCAAAACCAGUUGACUUAUCUCGACCGAUGAAAGUAUCUAUGGACCACGAACGAAACGUAUGCGAUCCAGGUCCUUUAACUGACCUCAGUGAACGUUCUUUAUGUGACGAACGAAGCGAUUCAAUGUCGGAAACUACGGAGUACUAUGACGAUGAAAGUAAUCCAACAUCACCAGCGAGUAGUACUCAAAGCAAUACUCACAAAGCUUUAAAUAGCAGCGGCUCACAUUCUGGUAAUAAACGAUAUAGAACACAAAUGUCUUCAAUACAAAUAAAAGUAAUGAAAAUACUCUUUAAUGAUUAUAAAACUCCAACGAUGGCAGAAUGCGAAAAUCUCGGCAAGGAAAUUGGUCUACCCAAACGAGUUAUUCAAGUUUGGUUCCAAAACGCUCGAGCAAAAGAAAAGAAAGGCAAGUUAGCUUUACAAAAAGCUUUAGGUCAACCUGAUGGUGAAAAUAAUACUAUUCCCGACGACUGCAAAUAUUGCAAUUUCAAAUAUUCGCACAAAUAUUCGAUUCAAGAUCACAUUUUCACGAAAUCUCACAUAAACAACGUGAAAGUGCAUCUAGAAAAUCAAAAUAAAGACGUUGGUUCCGAAAGUGAAUUCACAGUGCCAUCGUUACCCGGUGCUUCUGGAUCUGUUUCCGCAGAUUCCACUACAAAUCCACAACAGAAUCUCAACAACAACAGCCACUAUCAGUUGCUGCAAAUGGCGGGGGUGCAAAUGGGGAAUGUAGCCAAAAGCGAACAAGAAGAAGGCGCGGACAAUAUAUUCCAGCAGUUUUACCAGCUUGGAAACAAUGCAAAUUAUGGAGUGCAGAACCAGUACGUUCAUCAUGCGAUGUUCGGUGCAAAUGGCUAAAUUUUUUUCUAAAUUUUCUCAACUUGGGAGAUGACUGAAAAUAUCCGGAUAGGAAUCUGAUGUGUCGCGGGAACAGAAUCAAAGUAAAAGAAGAAAGAGACUUAUUAGUUCCAUGCCGAAAUAAAAAAAAAAUGUGAUAUUACUUUGUACUAUAUAAUGUUUAAAUAUUUGUAUAUAAUCUAUACAGUUAAUUGUAAGUUCCUACUAGAUAAAUAAGCUGCUUCCUAUAAGUUAUAAAUAAUUUAAAUAACUGUAAUGAUUAUUUUAAUGAAAUAAUUUUAUUUAAAUCUUUGUUCAAUUUUUUUUGUUACUAUAACCUUCAAACCCAGUGAGAAAAUGUCUUAUUAUUAUAUUUAUGUAAAAUAAAUAUAUUUCCAUCAGUUGA